AUGGCGGCGGCAUCCGCGGGCGGCCCAAGCAACCCGCCGCCGACGCAGCAGCAGUCUUCUCCCACCAAGGCGGUGCGCGUGGUGGUGAAGGGCCGCGUGCAGGGCGUCUUCUUCCGGGACUGGACCGUGGAGACGGCGCGCUCCCUGGGGCUCGCUGGGUGGGUCCGCAACCGCCGUGACGGCACCGUGGAGGCUCUGCUCUCAGGGGACCCCUACAAGGUCGACGAGAUGGUGUCCCGGCGGAUCCCCGUGGGCCCGCCCGCCGCCGUCGUGCCCUCCCCCGCCGAACCGGUCGCUCCCGACGAGGGCUUCCACCGCAAGCCCACCGCCUGA